AAUGGGUACUAAAAGAAAAAGGGUAAUAAUGCAAGCUGGAUCCCUUUUAAAUCCAAUCUUUAGAUAUGUUUUGAAGAUGAAUUUUGUUUCCAAUCCAACUGAUCUUCAUGGCACAAAAUUAUUAAGGUUUAUUGACUUAUUAUUCUUUUAUAGACAUUUACAAUAUUAAACUAUGAAUUUAGAUAAGAAAUUACAUUAGCCAAACUUUGAAUCCACAUAUAGAGAAUCAGUUGAAUGUAUCUCAAGUAAAUGGGAAAUAAAAUUUAGUAUACAAUAUCUUUAUUAAUUUAAGUAAAUGGAUGGGAAAGAACAUUCUAUAUGAAAUAUGCAGAUAUGUCUACUCUAUAUCAAACAAUAAGGCAAUACAAUCAUUUCAUUGAAGGUCAAAGAGCUCUUCAAGGGGAGGAUGAUGAGCCAGAUGAUACCUUAUUAUAAUAUUGAA